UAGCCAAAACUACUUUCGGCCAAUUAAGCGUAGGAGGUGUUCUUUAUAGUAAUUUCGUAUAUCAACUGUCCAUAGGCCAUUCUUCCAACCAGUAAAAUAGCCCAAACCCUAGAGAGGAGAGACGGCUCUGCUCUGCUGCUUCACCAUCCACAGGGUUUCGAGUUGUUGAUUGGCAGCAAUGGCACCAGCCAAAGACAGUUUGAAAAAGGCUGACGCAAAGGCACAGGCUGUGAAGGCUGCAAGAGCAGUAAAGUCAGGUCCAACCUUCAAGAAGACCAAGAAGAUCAGAACUAAAGUUACAUUUCAUCGACCUAGGACAUUGAAGAAGGAGAGGAAUCCUAAGUAUCCUCGCAUUAGUGCUACACCAAGGAACAAGCUUGAUCAUUAUCAGAUUUUGAAAUAUCCUCUCACAACUGAGUCUGCAAUGAAAAAGAUUGAAGACAACAACACCCUGGUAUUUAUAGUUGAUUUGCGUGCUGACAAGAAAAAAAUCAAGGAUGCUGUCAAGAAGAUGUAUGACAUUCAGACUAAGAAAGUGAAUACCCUGAUCAGGCCCGAUGGUACCAAGAAGGCAUAUGUUAGGUUGACACCAGACUAUGAUGCCUUGGAUGUGGCAAACAAGAUUGGAAUCAUUUAAGUGCUUGCCCUCUGCUUCCUAAGUUAUUUUUUUGCUUUUGUAUUCCAGAGUAGGGCAGUUUUGUUGUGACAUUACGGAGUGAGAUCUGCAAAAUUAGUUUAAAGUUGUGAACCUGUGCAACUCAUGGUUUUGACUGGCAUUGGGAUCCAGCGACCUUGUAGGCUUGAAGUUUGAUUCAUCGAUUUUGAACUAUGCAUUCCACGAGUUACCAUACUUUCAGAUAUUAGAUCA